CACAACGUACUGCGAUUACGGCGAGAUUUGUUCCCGGCGAGUCGUGUGUUGCGCGGUCAGCCUAACUUUACGCGAGUCCUUCCGGGAGGGAAACGCGAGCGCGCAUCUCCUUGAGCGGUAACUCGGCGUUUGUGCGUGCGUGAUUGUGCGUGCGUGUGUGUGUGUGCGUGCGCUCCGUUCCCGACCUCCGCCGCCACAGACGCUGGCAGCAGCACCGCUGCCGUGCGUGCGUUGGCUUCGCCUGCGACGGCUGCAGACUCCGCGGCCGGUUUAAUGUGCGACAGCGCUCGUCGCCGUCGCUGCUGUGGACUACGAAGCGGGCCCGGAACGAUGUGAUCUCCCCGAGUUUAUGGGAGCCAUCCAGGAGACAUGGCUACCCAGUUGGAACGACUGCAGCAGGUGCACCCAGUGUCAGUGCGAGACAUCAAGGAGAAAUUGCAGGCUCUGCGCAAGCACACCAGUGCAGGUGCGCUCAGCACCUCGCAUGCCAGGCGGGCGCCUGUCUGCGUGAAGCAUUUCAACGACACCACUGCUGAUGGGAAACUGGCUGAAAGUAGGAACAUCUUCCAAACCGAGGGCACGGGGGCCUCUUUUGCCACCAAGAGGCCCAGCCGCAAGCCCUCACCACCGCCGACCCCUGUUCGGCCCCCCGAAGCUCCGGAUCCUCCCCAUGUAGCUGAGGAACCCGAGAUGACGACUCGAGCUACGACUCCGCGAAACCGAUCGACCACCCCCAAUACCCGCCGCUUGUGCGGUACUUCGCCACCCCGCCGACGCAGCCCUUCUCCCGGCCAGCAUAGCUCGGCAGCACUGGAUUGCCCACCUGAGCUAGCCGAGGCAAUCCGUAGACGGGUGCUGCAGGUACGCCGUGGUGUGCGGCUGUACUUGCUCUACCAGCCAGGACCGCGCUCUUUCCUCAUAGCUGCUGACCAGCCUGACCAUCGAUUCAAGGUGGUCCUUGGGCCACAGACCUGCAGCUGUGGCAAGGGCCCCCACUGUGUGCACCUGCUGUUUGUAAUGCUCAGGGUUCUGCGCUUGACCGACACGGAUGCUCGACUGUUCAGCAAGACCCUCAAAGAGUUCGAGGUGGAUGAGCUGCUGCGUGGAUUCACCAUAUCCCGGCGGAGGACCUCCCAGCAGUCUGAAGGCCCACUGACUGAUGACAAGUCACCUGACUGCCCUGCCAAGAAUCUAGAGGAUGCUAUUGACAGCACAUCAAAAACAGGCAGUCAUGAUGUGGAAGGUGACGACGCCAGCACCUGCCCAAUCUGCCUGCUGGAGAUGUUCGAAGGAGAGUCAGUGAUCACCUGCGACAAGGGCUGUGGAAAUCAACUGCAUCAUCACUGUGCCUCAAUAUGGGUGCUGCAAUGCAGCCGCAAUGGAGAGCCCGUUGUCUGUCCCCUGUGUCGAUGCCACUGGAAAGAUGACCGAUCAUCACCCCCGCCCAUUACAAAGAAGCCAGUGCCGCCUGAAGACGAUGAUGAGAUGCUUGCACCACCAUGCCCACUGCACUGCCUUCUACGUCGCGCAUCGGACGUGAGCCCCUUGCCGAGGCCCGUGGGAACACCUUCCUGUUCAGUGUCGAAUGCACCACCUCUGGUGAUGCACUUCUUUGGUACGGAGGUAGCUCAAUGCCUCAUGUCGAGCGUCUGGUCCGAGCGAGAAGCUGCGGUCGUGGAGGUUGAGGCACAGGUGACCCAUGCCCUCCGACUGGCCACGUCGAAGCCCAUGUGCCUGGAGCCGUGGGGAGGCAUAGAAGCCGUGCAGGCCGCCUGCUGCCGAGUGAUCUCGCAUGCCAUUGCAGACCCCGUCUACCGUGUGUAUGUCACUGCUCUGCGUUGCUUCAAGUCCAUGCUGGUGCACAGUCCAUGCGCCAUCUUGGAAGACCUGCAUAGCCUGCAGAAUCGUGUGCGGAACAUAGUGCGAGCUGUGCUCAUAAAGUGUGCUCACGGCGGGAACAAGAGAAGCCGUCAGCUGAGCCUGGCAACUCUUGCAGAGCUAGCACGCGGACAGGCAGGAGCACUGUCUGUUGGGAGCCUCACACAAUACCCAGCUCCGAAUGGCCUGGGUGCCGACUUCCUGCUGGAUGUUGUGUUGUCGGAAGGAAAGCUGACCCCAUCGUGGCAGGGUCUCCUCAGCCAGCUGUUGGUGCUGGGGCGGCUGGUCGAGGAGUUCCCACACCUGCUCACCUCACCCAUCGCUAUCACGGGCACAGUCAAUGCAGAGUCGCUUGUCGCCGUCGACCUAGCCGUUCGUGCGGUGGGGCACAGUCACGUGAAUGUGGUUCGCCAGGGGCGUCACCUGCUGGUAGGCCUGGCGCGUCUGUGUGGUCGCUGCCCCACGUCUGUGGCCCGUAUCUGGAACGGUGUCUCGGCACUCCAGGGACCGCAGCGUGCCCAGCUGGUGCGACUAGUGGGCGCAGCGCUGCAGGAGGCUCGAAGAAGCCGUCUCUUCCUGCGCACCACCCGCUCACCAUCCAUCGAGAGGCAGCAGGAGGAGCACCUUGUCCGCGAACAGCUGCUACACACCAAGAAGAACUGGGUGGGCAAGGAUGACGAGGAAGAAGAAUGCUGCAACGGCCAGAGACCAGCGCCACUGGCCAACAGCCCGUCGCGUUCCGCCGCCACCUUCCAGCUGCCACCCCCCACCAUCGACCCUGCUCUGUUUGGCCAACUGGUCCAAGUGGAUACGCCAACGUCCAGCAGUGAGACCAAGGCCAUUGACAAGCCCUUACCGGAAGAGAAAUGCAAUGCAUCUGUGCCAGAGAAGAAGCUUCCCGACAGCCAGCACUCGUCAGGUCGGUCGUCCUGGUCUUCCGCAACGUCUUCCUCGGAGAACAAGGUUGUCGUCACGACCGAGACACCCACGGGCCCUGCUGUGCCACCCCAACGUGCCCCACGGAGCAGACCCAACUUCCUUCCCCUCCGCCGGUUGGCCUGUUCGCUGACAUCCCUCGGCCAGGGCCAGCUGUCCUCGGCACAGACGACACCUGGGAGUGCAGUGACAUCGCCGGUGUCUUUCAGCCGAGAAAUUGCAGCACUGCCGGCAGCAAGAGCCUCGUCAAAGAAGGUCAUCAACCAAGGACCACCUACAGCAUCGAUAAGGGGCUGUGACAGCAGCAUGGCGCAGUUUGAGGAAUUGCCCACUGAAGACGACACCCAAGACAACGAAUUUAUCAUAUUCAAAUCUGUGCCGGGGCUUCCUCCCAUCUCAUUCGGCGCAAGCAAGGAGGGGGCGAAAGGCUCAAGCUAUGUGGAGGGCCAACACUGGCUGCGAGGCCCAAUGCUGGGUGCUGGGGCGUUCAGCUCGUGCUACCAGGCGAUGGACCGCAGCACGGGGACCUUGAUGGCUGUCAAGCAGCUGCCCUUCUGCCGGUCAUGCCAGCGUGACGACAAGGAGACGGCCGAGAUCAUGGGCAACAUCUGGAACGAGAUCCAGAUGAUGGCACGCCUCGAACACCCGCACGUACUGCCCCUGCUCGGUGCCACCAAGCACAAGGACCAGUACAAUGUCUUCCUCGAGUGGAUGGCUGGUGGCUCAGUGGCCUCCUUGCUGGAGCGGUAUGGGCCAUUUCCGGAGGUCACGAUCCUGCGCUACACGUACCAGGCACUCAGCGGCUUGGCGUACCUGCACGAGAACCACAUUCUGCACAGGGAUCUCAAAGGUGCCAACCUUCUUGUAGACAGCACGGGACAGCACCUGAAGAUUGCCGACUUUGGCUCGGCCAGCCGUCUUCAGAGCAAGGCCACCCUGGCUGGAGAGUUUCAGGGUCAACUGCUUGGUACCAUUGCUUUCAUGGCUCCUGAAGUGCUACGAGGGGAGAACUACGGCCGGUCAUGCGACAUCUGGAGCGUGGGCUGCGUUCUGAUUGAAAUGGCCACCAACGCGCAUCCUUGGGACAACUGCAACACACUGAAUCACCUGGCACUCAUUUACCGGAUCUCGUGUGCCCAGUCUCCGCCGCCAGUUCCCAAGAUGCUCAGCUUGAGGACGCAGCACCUGGCUCUGCAGUGUCUUCGACUUCGAUCCGAAGACCGCCCGCCGGCUGCUGACCUUCUGUCCCACCCUGCGUUCAAAGAAGCCGGUCUCCACUCAGUCCAGGAGUCGUGAGGGCUUUGCAUGACCGCCACCGUCAACAAGGUCAUAGCAGCAGUAGUGGUAGUUGAAAUCUAGACACACCCUACCACAGUGACAGCUCCCCGAGUGACUACAUCUUUGGCCAUCUGCAACACUGUUCCACAUGUUCUCUUCCAGAUUGUGCGAAAUGUCCUUGCUAAUUUUGAGUCCCGACCAUCCUGCUCUGUCCUUUCUUCUCUCCUAUCUAGUUGUGCUGUUUAAAGCAACGGCUUCACAUACUUUGUCACGUAGGUCUGUCACCUACAGCCACGGCUGGUUUUUGUCAUGCCAGGGCAUGCAUGGAUUCUGCACAGUGUCAUGGUCGUCUGAGGAAACUGUUGAGCCCUUUUGUGGUCACAUAUAGCAUUCUGUGUUUAUGUGUUGCCUAUUGUGCAUGUUUUUGCAGUCUGGUCACUCGGGGUCGUCUGCAUUCACUUGUGGGCUUUAUGCAUUCCCCCCCUCCUCCCCCCAAGUGAGGCAGCAGCAUGUUGAAGACUAUUCUGAAUAUGUGGGCUUAUAAUGAGGUAGCAAUGAAAAUGGGAAGUCUACUCCCUCCCUGUGGAUGACUUUCUUUUCCAAGACAAUCAGUGUCUUGCCUAUUGGCUGAACCACUGAUGAUGGACAUGGUGAUAGAAACUUACGUUCAUCCUAUUCUGCUUGUAUUAGAACAGUUUUCUAUAUCCAGCGGCUGUUGAUGGAUUAACAAAGUGGGUGCCAAAAACACCAUGGCAGUGGAAACUGUGUCACUGUAGAAGGGCAUCGGUAUGAACAUUAACAAAAAUGAAAAUGAAAGUAUCGGUGAAAGUGGUCAUUUGGGAGUGAAUACAACCUGUCCUUGUUGCAAGCAUGGCGUGCAUAUGCUUAGCAUUUCAGCAUGCUACGAACACCUCUACACAACAUGUAUGCCUGUCUCUCUUUUUCUGUUUUUUCUUCUCUACCUCAGUGUGACACACUCUGUGUUCUUUCUCUCUCUCUCUCUCUCUGUUCCUCUGUCCCCUUUUGUCAUUUAAUUUUUGCGUACACUGUCUUAAGCGUGGCAGGACUGAUUGCUGCAGUGAUACAACCUUAAUUACUUGUCACCUUAACACAAUGCAAUGUUGUCGUGUAUUUGUGCCUUUUAGAUACUGAACCAGCAGAAAGGAAUCCGAGUUCUAAAGACAGUUCUUCAAGGUAGUAACAUACAUGCUGUCUCUUUCAACAAACACAAAAGAAAUUCUGGCUUUGAAGAUGAAAUCUAACCAAUGCUAGAAGUUAGAGAAAGAAAAUGACCCUGUUUGCACCUUGAAAAAAAGUGCUCUCAGUCCUGCCUAUGACCUGUGUGUUAUAUAUCAAAGUGUGUGCCAAAAAAGUAUAUAAGCUAGAGAAAAGGAAAAACAACAAAAAAAGAGAAGUGUACUUAAUGUGACGUGUCUUGUCAUGCAUCCUAGUUUUUGCGUGUGUUCAGUUUUUCUGUUGGUGCUGCCAUUGCCUCAGUUCUGCACUGUGGUGUUGACAUGGUACCAACACAGUUAUUUUUUAAUUCUUUGUCACUGCUGGAAACAGUGUUUUGUGUCCUUUGGGUGUGACAUGACAUGUGAAUGGUGCAGUCUGGUUUACUUGCACAGAUGGCAGUACUUGGCUGCCUUGCAGAGUGGGUCACUGGUUUGUGACACUUGAAGACAAAAGCUAGUUUUUUUCAUCGGUUGGAAGCUGUGUCUUUCUUGGUUUGCGUUACUUCAUGCAUUGCCUCAGCACAGUCCUUUUACUGCAGUAAUGAGGUGCAAUUACGAACACUGUGGGAAGUCACAAAUGAAAUUGCAAGGAGGCAGGGAAAUGAUGAAUUUGCAUUGAAUUUGCAUCGAGGUUGACAAGUGUUUAUACCAAAUGUUGUAUGCAUAAGGUAAGCAGGCAGAAACAAUGAAUCCAGGUAAACUGCUGGCUGAUUCAAAUGUCCUAUUUUUCAAAGAAAGAUUAUUUCGCUGUAGACUAUUUGAGACCAUCCUUGAAUGCAGUGUUUGCCAGUUUUGUCUAGAAUAAGUCUCAACUAUAUUGUCACCUGUGCUUAUCCCAGGAAAAAAAAGAAAACAUUCCCUCCGCAACUGAGCAGCAGUGCCAUCUCUAAAUAUAACAGAGAGAUACUACAUUUCACUGUAACAGUGCCGGAUGCCACCACCAUUCUUUUCCAUUAUUGAAGCACAGCAUCCAAACAUGGUAUUAGCCAAAAUGUACUGCGAAAUGUCACCUCUGCGUGAAGUUUCAGCGUACACAAGCCAGUGGUUUACCUGGAAAGAGCCUUGUAUUAUAUGUGGCUCACUUAUUUAUGCACCACACUGUAUAUGUGCCCGUGGAUAUAGGAGUCAAAGGAAGCAGAACAGCAUUUUUGUGAAUACCCUUGCUUGCUAGUUUUCAGCUGUCACGCAACUGUUUGAAACAAUGAGUUGAUGCUACAUGGCCUGGCUUGCAAAGCUCCUACAUUCUAUUUUGGGUGGCCUUUCUACUACUGCACUUAAUGCAACCAUUCCAGCUCUAUAAACCCCAACUUUUGUUGUUUCACAGGGCCAGGUCUGAAAGAACUUGCGAUAGAAAGCAGUCUUCCUUACAAUGACCAUAUGCUUACAGUUGAUAACAUCCAGGCUCCCUACAACCCUAAAGCCAACUGCAUUGAAAUUUUGAGCCACUUAAAAAGCCUAAUUUCAUAUAGUGCAGCUAUAAAGGAGCCUGCAUGCAAAAUAUCACGUUUUAAAUUUGAAUGGAUGUGUCACGAAAGGCUCACAAAAGUAGAUGUUUUUAAUGCCAAAACUGAAAAAAAAAAAAAAAAAUGCUGACGUUACCAUUUGUCGAAAGUGACGGGUGAGUCGUAACGUGUAGCUCCUUGGCACGACGUCACAGAUUGAGCACCACUUGCAGCUGCCUGUUGUGCACUAAGAAAUCAGAGGCAACGUGCUGGUACCUGCAUCACAUCCACUAACACCAGGUGCACGAGUUGUCUACAUUGGUGUUAUUUAAAGGCCGCUAAUGGGAAAAUUAAAUGAUCACCAGCUCUGCAGCUUUACCAAGUUUGCUUCGGUAAUAAUACUACUCAUUUAUUACCAAUUUAGCCUAAGUGAAAUUUCGUUGGGCUUCGAAGUGUUGAAGUUGUGUCACUUGGCAGUACAGCCGACUGUGCUGGGUCAAUAUAUGAACACAACUUUCUUGGGCAAUGAAGCAUAUCUGUUGCCUUAUUUUAUUUGUUCUUGUUCCCCUUUGAGAUGUGCAAUUUGCGUUUGGACUGCAGUCAGCAUGCAGUUUCUUAAUGGUGCACCCACAGCAAUUGGACACAGCUUGUACACUUCGCCAGAGGCACAAUUGUUUUUGGUACUGGCAAUGAUGUCAUUAACAUUGCUGCCCAGCAUGGAUUUUGGUAUAUCACGUAUUUGACUUUCUUUUUUUUUUUCACCUUUUCUUUAUUUACUUUUUUUGCGACAUGUUUUCUUUUGCUGUCACGUCACAACUUGUGUGGCAACGUAGUCGUCGCAUCACAACUUGUGUGAUGUAACACUGAUGGACGGUGGCAGCUUUUCUUUUUUUUUUUUCUCCCCAAUCUUGGGGAAAAUCUCUAUCACCUACUUGAAGGGCGGUAUGGCUGAUGCCAGAGUAACUGAAGUUUUUGAAAAAGGCUCUCAGCAGAAAGCUCUUCUUUGUCGGCAAAUUUUGUCAAAUUGUGCUGGUCACUUCCAUCAUCUAAAAGUUGUGGUUGUCGCAUGCAUUGCAUGUAUAUUUAUAGCUGAGAAAGCACGGAUGCCUAAAACAAAAACAUUUGUAGGUAAUCCAUGCAGAAAAAAAAAAAGAAACAGGAUGUUGCACAGGUGUUGCUUGUUCAGGAAAUUGAACUUAUUAUUUUUUACUUCAUUUUUGCUGGUCAUAAGCAAAUUUUCUGAAACAUUGUCACCAUACAUUGCUGCGUUACCAGCUCUCACUUUCAUUUCAUUGAAGUUUUUUUUUUUUUUUUUCGCCAUCAAAGAAACCUGCAAGGUUUUGUCAUGGGCUAUGCCAACCAAUUUCUGUGUCGUCAUUCAUCCUAUUUAUUUAUUUUGCUCAUGAGUGGUCCUUUGGAAAAAAAAAAAAAAUUUUUGCCACGUGUAGAAGGUCAUUAUCGUAGGUGCUCACACGCCGGUGUAGAACAUUGCUCAUCCACAGUACCACCAGGGUUGGCACAGAAUAGCACAACACGACGGGAAUACAACAGGGCAUGCCAACAGCCUGCCACUCAACACAAACACACCAAAACGACAGGGCAUGCCAGUGGCCUAUGCUUAGCAUAGCACUCCCGCCUGUGAACCCCGGGACUGUUUCCUCAGUCGAUCAUUUCUGAGGAUUGGCUUAAUGAACAGAAGCACAUUUUUCACAUGGCAGAGCCGUCAAAUGCAUUAAAUGGAUGGGUUACGGAAAUGAUUUGGUAUGCGACAUCAACAGAUGCUUGCCAUUACAACAAAGUGCGCUGCUCAAGACCUUUCAUCAUUUGGAGCCAGUCUCCUGAGAUUGUGGUCCCUGUUCACUGGGCGUUCCUUUGAGAUGAGGUGGCACAGGUGAUUCGCCAAGGAGUAAUUAAAAUGACUCUGUUGGCCAAAAUUUUUGGUUGUGGAUUAGAGAAAAUCUUUUCACGUGGCUUUUGGCUGAGCCCAAGGGACCAUUCCUUACUUGGGACCAGAAGGUUAAAAAAAAAAGACUUCCUUCAAAGCGACUCCAUGAUGCAGCACUUGCGUAUUCUUUGUUCAUUGUCUCCGGUUUAUUGAAAUCACCCAGUGCUUUGUUGUAAACUGUUAGUUAUUUAAACAAUUGACCUUUGGGUAAUCAGGUAUUUUGCCCUUUUCAUUUUUUUGUCUGUUCAUGUCUUUAUUUAAUAAGAUUUAUCUAAAUUGGGUAGUCAUCAUGGCACGAGGCACUUUUUGUCAUACAAUGUUUUCUGGACAUGCCAGGUUCAUUCUUUUUGAUCUUUUGCCUCAUUGGACUCAUCAUUUGGUAUGGAACUUGGUGUCAAGUAGUGGUAGUAAAAAUUUUGACUAUUGCCAUGUGAUCAUUUUUUUUUUCUUUUUUUGUGCCACCUUGGAAAACACCGGCACGGGCGUAGUAGACACGCACAUAGCACAUGGUGCUCAAGUCUCAUACUGUUGCAAAGAAAUGUAGAUGAGUGUAAGAAUAGAAAAUGGAGCACAAUAUGAGUUGUUAGCACACUUCUGUCACAAAUAAUGCCUUAUUCUUAAUGCCCGAGUGAAAACAAUUUCAGGAAAAUUGCCUACAGAGUCCUGUACAUGUGGCAGGCUUUUAGUUUGCGACAUCAUCUGAAGACAAAGUACAAGAAGCAGGCAUGCAUGAUUGGUGGUUUCACAGCAUUGACGCCAGUUCUAAUGUAACAGCAAAACAUUGCUAAUUAAGAUUUUUGCUGCAUUUGCCGAGUUCUCGGCAGUGCAUUAGGCACAUGUUUUUUUUAGAGUGCCUACAAUAUUGUAUUGUUGCCUCUAAGCACAUUGCCUUCGCACUGUGACAACAUGUAUUGUUUCAGUGAAACAUACCACAAUCUGCAUACACUGGAUUUUUCAGCCAACGUUUUCUUUUCUUGUACAGCGCAUGAACGAAACACAAGCAGAUUAUGCAAAUGGACGGCACCUAUUGAAUUGUGCUCCAAUUCUUAUCCUCGCUCAUUACAUGUCUGCGUGUGAUACACAAGAUAUCUCCAUGCGGGUUGGUUGUCUUUUUCUCUUUUAUUAUUUUUUUUCUGGAAUGACCACAAACCGCCGUGGGUAACUCUGGGAAACAAAAGAAAAAAGAAAUAAAUAUGCAAAAAAGUGCAUUUAUUUCGUUGUGGGUGCCACUAUUACGCCGUGGCUAACUUGUGGACAUGGUGAAUUUAUUUCUUCCAAGCAGUGGUUUGUAAAUUUUUUUUAAUUUCCUGCCCCCACCUUCCCAAGAGAUUAGUACCUGAAAAUCACUGACAGUGCCUUAUGUCCUUCGUCUGCCAUGAAGUGUGAUCGUGAAGCAGUAUUUUUGUAUAACUCAAUUGCAUUUGUUGAUCCUUUAUGCCCCCCCCCCCCCCCCCCCCCUUUUUUUUUAACGCAUGCACAUAUUGUAGUCUUUAUACAAGUGUUGCAUACUUUACACUGCUCUCACUAUACCGAGGGGCCAUAACGUGUUUGAUACGUGUGUGCCAAUUAAAGAUAUUUGAAAGCA